AGAGAGAGAGAGAGAGUCACUCAGAGGGAGAAGGCGAGAGAGAGAGAGAGAGAGGGUCACUCAGAGGGAGAAGGCGAGAGAGAGAGAGCAAAGCUGGGAUGCGGGACCGCUGUCGACACCACAGCUCACACACUCAUAGAGGGAGCGGAGAGCGGCGUGUGCUACACAUCGUGUGUGUGUAGAGAAAGAAAGAGAGAGAGAGAGAGAGAGAGAGAGAGAGAGAGAGAGACACACACACACACGCGCGCGCACAGAAAUCAGAGCCAUAACGGUCCGGUCGCUCGUCUCCAGGCAACCGGGCCGUUAGAGCAGCUCCUAGCCGAGCAGAGUGCUGCCAUGGCCGGGUAGAGGAGUACAGGCGGACGAGGUGUUUUUUUCCUCUUUUUCUGCCGGAUUUCAGGAUUCCCCGUUGGAGGCGAGAUGGGAAAAGAGCAGGAGCUUCUGGAGGCGGCGCGGACAGGGAAUGUAGCCGUGGUGGAGAAGCUGCUGAGCGGGAAAAAGGGGCUGCUGGGCUCCGGCUCCGGCUCCAUCCAACUGCCCGGACUGCUCAGCAUGUGGAGAGGGCUGAAUGUGAACUGUGCAGACAGCUCAGGAUACACACCUCUACACCACGCUGCGCUCAAUGGACACAGGGAUGUGGUGCUGAAGCUGUUGCAGUUUGAAGCGUCCACUAACGUGGCUGACAGUAAAGGAUGUUUCCCUUUACACCUGGCCGCCUGGAGGGGAGACGUAGACAUCGUCCGAAUCCUCAUACACCACGGACCCUCCCAUUGCAGAGUCAAUGAACAGAAUCACGAGAAGGAAACGGCACUGCACUGCGCGGCACAGUACGGUCACUCAGAGGUGGUAUCUGUGCUGCUGCAGGAGCUGACGGACCCCAGCAUGAGAAACAGCCGGGGGGAGACUCCUCUGGACCUGGCGGCGCUGUACGGGCGGCUGCAGGUGGUGCGCAUGCUGCUGAGCGCGCACCCCAACCUCAUGAGCCUCAACACACGUGUACACACACCGCUGCAUCUGGCUGCCCGCAACGGCCACCACUCCACCGUCCAGGCGCUGCUGGAGGCCGGCAUGGACGUCAACACAGAGACGGAGAAAGGCAGUGCUCUUCAUGAAGCUGCUCUCUAUGGUAAAAUGGAUGUAGUUCGGCUCCUGCUUGACUCAGGGAUCGAUGUCAACAUCACAGAUAGCCAGGGAAAAACUGCUUUAGAGAUACUGAAAGAACACCCAGCCCAGAAAUCACAACAGAUCACUGCUCUCAUACAAGAGUUUAUGAUGGCAGAGAGCGACAGAGGCAGUGUCCCGGAGGAGCCGGUUCGUCAGUGUCCAGUACCCACACCUCGCACCUCAAUACCCUCACCUGCUGCCUCCCCGUCACUCAGACAUAAAAAUGAUGCAGUGACAGGGGAAUUGUCGAAGUUGCUGAAUGAAAUCAAGAUGUGCCGAGACAGGGAUUACUCCUUUGAGGAGCUGUGUCAGACCAUCUCCUCACACUCACAGUCUGUGGAGAGCUUCUGCAGCGGCCGGCUGUCCGACGAGGAGAGGAACAGCACCCUCACUCGCAUCAACAAGCGGCCCUCUCCCCCGUUGCCCCCAGCAGUGGAGGAGGAGGAGAAGGUGUGUGGUCCCUCAGGCCUGUGGGAGGCGCUCACACCCUGCAAUGGCUGCAGAAACCUCGGCUUCUCUCAGGACUCUAAGCGCUGUGUGGAAAUCAUCCAGUCACCCUCUCUGGACGUUUUUUUACCAGAAGACGAGGAUAAUCCGUAUGAGUCUGUGGCCACGGCCGUCACACGCAAACCCUGCUCGUUGGACAUCCACCUUCUCAACACCUGUCCUGGCAAUGGCCACUCUUCCAAUGUGCCGGUCAGUGAUGCGGAGCAGCGUAACCAUGGUGAUGACUACACAGGUCUGACUCCAGACUGCUCCCCUCCCUCCCCUGAUACAGCCCUGAAGAACAUUGAGAGAGUCAUCCGCCCCCAGCCCAAGCAGCGUACGUCUCUGUCCUCGUCUCAGGACGUGCAGCGGCCAGUGCAGAACCACAGCGGAGAGCCAUCUGAGGUCAGCUCGUCUUUGGGCUACGCUAGCUUCAGCACCAGCCCACCCGCCAGCCCCCCCAUCAGCCCCGCCAACUACUCCACCGGCUCAGCCGAAGACUGCGCCCUCACUGAUGAGGUGUUGGAGCAGAGGGAGUGUGUGUUGAGGGACGAACGCAGGGAUAGCCACGUUCCAGAGCAGUUUGCUGGUCUGCUGCACGGCUCCUCUCCGGCCUGCGAGUCACCAGACAACCCCUAUCAGCUCUACGGCAGAGUCCGCAAGCUCUGCGCCCCAGAGCCACCGCAGCGGCACGGCAACCUGCUCCGAGCACCCGAGCCGGCCAGCCCACCCUUUCCCCGACCCCCCGCCACUCAGGCUUCUCCCCCCAAGGGCCAGAAAGAGCCCAAACCACAGGUGGUUUACCGCACCAUCUUCCACACACGGGUCAACCAGAGCCCACCGACUGCCCAAUCAGAGACUGACCCGGUGAGCAACGGAGAGCAGACGCGGAGCAACAACGGCCCGUCUAGCACAGUGGUCAGCAGCAGUGUUAGCAGCACUGCGGGCUACGAGGAGCGAGCCUGCACUCUUGGCAGGAUGCGCUCCGUGCCACGCAACGUCCUGGACCUGCAGCUGUCCAGGAACUUUUCCAAGUCGGACUCCAACCUGGUGGCCGUGUCGCCUAUCGAAGAGGAGCAGUGGAGCUCGCGAGGUCACAGUCAGAACAGCCCGGGGAAAGGAGGCAGCCCCACAAGACUGGAGCGGACCCCAUCCUUUACAGCAGAGUGGGAGGAGAUUGAUAAGAUUAUGAGCUCCAUUGGCGCUGGAAUUGGGACAGAGCUUGAUGAGAACAAGGAAGACCACUCAGGCCCCCGCUGCCCCGUGCAGUCCGUGGGACAGUGGCUGGACAACAUCGGCCUUGUCCAGUAUGAGAACCACCUGCUGGCCAAUGGCUUCGACAACGUGCAGUUCAUGGGUAGUAAUGUGGUGGAGGACCAGGACCUACUGGAGAUCGGGAUUCUAAAUUCUGCCCACAGACAGCGCCUCCUACAGGCCAUCCGCCUACUGCCAAGGGUGCGGCCCAUAGGCUAUGAUGGCAAUAACCCCACCUCAGUGGCUGAGUGGCUGGAGUCUCUGGAACUGGGAGACUACACUAAGUCCUUCCUCAUCAAUGGCUACACGUCCAUGGAGCUGGUCAAGAAGAUUUGGGAAAUCGAACUCAUCAACGUCCUUAAGAUCAAUUUGAUUGGGCACAGAAAAAGAAUUCUCGCGUCACUCGGAGACCGGCUACACGAAGACCCUCCACAGAAACCUCCACGAGCUAUUUCUCUGAGGGAGCCCAGCGGGAAUCACACUCCUCCUCAGCUGUCCCCGUCUAUAAGCCAGACGGCCUACCCCAACGCCGGCUCACUCGACGUCCAGCACCUCAUCAUGCAGGCCGACGCCAGGCGCAGGCGCAAUGACAACUACUUCGAGGACGUUCCACGCUCCAAACUGGAGAGGCAGAUGGCCCAAGUCAGUAUGCAAGGGGAAUGGUGUGAGCCAAUCACGUUGCGGCCUCCCAAUGAGGCGACAUCAUCCACUCCUGUACAGUACUGGCAGCACCAUCCAGAGAAACUCAUAUUCCAGUCAUGUGACUAUGAGGCCUAUUAUCUGGGCUCCAUGCUGGUUAAAGAGCUGAGAGGAACUGAAUCUACUCAAGAUGCAUGCGCAAAAAUGAGGAAGUCUACAGAACAAAUGAAGAAAGUCCCUACUAUCGUCCUCUCCGUCUCUUACAAGGGAGUGAAGUUCAUUGAUGCCACAAAUAAGAACAUCAUAGCAGAACAUGAGAUCAGGAACAUCUCGUGUGCAGCACAAGAUCCUGAGGACCUCUCCACAUUCGCUUACAUCACCAAAGACUUGAAGUCCAGCCACCACUACUGCCAUGUGUUUACAGCCUUUGAUGUGAAUCUGGCCUAUGAGAUCAUCCUGACACUAGGCCAAGCAUUUGAGGUGGCCUAUCAGCUUGCCCUGCAGGCCAGGAAGGGCGGCCACGGCUCCUCUACACUGCCCGAAAGCUUUGACAGCAAACCCUCCAAACCCAUCCCCAAACCUCGUGCCAACAUCCGCAAAUCUGUCAUGUCCCCCUCUAGCCGCUGGUCCCUGGGGCACAUAUACACCCCGCACCGGCCUCCUCUCCACCCUCCUUCCUCACGACUCCUCCUUCUCCAUCCACACAAAGUUCAAUUUCAGAUGGAGCAGCCCUCGAUGGACCAGAAGGGCCACGGCAAUGUCCCCUGGAUAGUGGAGCCGGGACAGGAGGCGAAGAGAGGCGUCAACACCAAGGCAGUGCCGGACGCCCAUGUCUAUUACUGUGGAAAUCAAAGAAUGUAGCCAGCCCCUAACAUGGACCCUCUCAUACACACAUUGCAAAAAGGACUACAAAUGUGGAGCCUAAAACUGGCACUGGACUACAGACAUGGCAGAGCCUCUCGUGAGUGGACUUUUAGCAUAAACACAGUGUGCGAAAGAUUGCCGGCAUGGACCUACGGCCUCUUACAUGUGCACAGACACUACAGCGGACUACAGAAUGACAGGGAAUGUACACUUCACUCUGAGCCACUUCACUGCAUCGUGCUCAGGCUUUGCUACAAGGGCCCGUGGACUAUGCUGUGUGAGGGAGAACGUUGGGGGAAAGGCAAGGUGCCAUGGACAUAUACCAUGGUCACUCUCACAGACUCAUUUUGCCCAGGUCUAUAGUCCAAAAUACCUUGGCAUGUCACGACCGGGGCAAAAGUGGAUCUCUUGGUUUGCCGUAUUUUUACUUUUCAGUUGUCCUCUUCAGUUUCCCUUCGGUUUGUUUAUAGUUGAUUCUACAUUAUUAAUAUUAUGCACAAUGUGAAUGGAUUUAUUGCACUGGACAACCAUGAAAUUGACUCGUCUUGUGCCAAAAUCACUACAGAAUUGUUGUUGACAUGAUUGACAAUGCCAUGCAGAUUACUAUUCAUAUUGGCUAAACAUUUUAAUGUUUAAUAGAAGUCUAUAUUGCCAUUAUUCUAAUUCUUAAUUAACUAUUAUUAUUAUUAUUAUUAUUAAUUAUUAUUAUUAUUCUUAAUGUGCAAUUCUUGUCUAAUGUUGUCUUAAUGUUAUAUUAUUUUUAUAUAAUAUGUUGGGCUUGAGAAUAAUAGCCAUCCUAAAAAAGAAAAGUAUUAAUAUUGUAGUAAAGCAGAGAAUGUGUGAAUGGCUCCACUCAACUUUGCUUUCAGGUGAAGAGGCCAUUGUUUCUCAUGGGGCUGUUACACAGAGACAGAUGUACUAUUUUAACUCAGUGUCACUGUAGAAAUUUUUGCCACAGUUCUCCUGUAAAUAAAUAUUUUGUUGACUCAUUGUUCAUACAUGUAAUGUAGUUUAACAUAAAAAGAAGAAAAAUGAAUAAAAGAAAAAAAAGAAAUAAAUGACAUCACACUGGUUAACAUGGUACCAAAACUGAUUUUACUGUUGAAAAAAGAGCUUGUGUGAGCGGAGAAGCAGAGUUGCUAACCUACAUGUACAUAGGCUUGGGCUUCCAGCACUCUAAGUUUUCUAAGUUUGGUCUUUAUUUAUAUCCUGGCAAAGCACAUGGAAUAAAUUGGACUUGUACGACCAUU